AUGUUUACUGUAUCUUGUAAUGUUGCCUUCUUGUGUCAUCCAGCAGUGCACCACAGCUUACUGCUUUUACGGGCACUGCGGCAACGCCACACCCUUGCUAUAGAACGCAUGGGGGCUAAUGUGACCAACAUCGGCGGCACUGUUUCUUUGUCACAGUGCGGGAAUCAUAUCUCCAUUGUACCUCCGAAUUUACACGGAAGCAAAUGCGUGACUAGCGGAGGGAGCAUAGGGACGGUAGGGGAAUCACCGCUGUGUGUUGCUGAGCACGGGCUGCAGCGCGUGCAUGACCCUCAACACAUACUCUACCUCUUUUCAUCGGCAUCACCAGUGCGUCAGUCUGCACUGGAUGAACAAAUUCAGUCGUACCUGAAUGCAGUGGUUGUGAGCAAUCAGGUGUUGCGUGCCGCAGAUGACGUGCUUAUAGCUUUGAGCAUCGGCGAGAUGGAAGCGGUUCGGCAAACGCACGGAAACCUGAUAGAUUGCGUAGCGGCUCUCGAUGCCUCCCUCCAGCAAACUACAGAAAAUGAAGAGGGAGGGGGAGGAAAUGGGGCAACACAGGAGGUUGACUGUUUGAGCACCUGGCCUCUAUUCACAACGAUACAGUUCCUGGUGGAGGAGGGUGGCUUGCCGCUAGGCCCAUUCCCACGAAUGUCCAGAGCAUAUUAUCGGCUGAAGGAAUCCACGCCUGUCGUCGCGCAUAGUCAACUUGUUUGGCGCACGUUUGAGUUAUCCCGGGGUCCCGAGGGACCCACGGGAGAACUUCCAGCUUGGCCACACCGAGGUUUUCUACGCGACAUUCAGAAACAAAUAGCAGAGUACACUACCGACCCUCCAGAGCGUAUUAUGGCUGGGGUUACCGGUGAAAAGGGGCCGCUACGGGCGCGGGUGAGCGGAGCGCGACUAGGACUACAGCGCACCCCUGCCCGCAUCCCAUGGACGAUGCAGGGUCUUCAUAGGUAA